GACAUUUACAGUUAUUUUUUGCUUUCUCUGAACGUGCGCGCCUUGCUAACAAAGGAAUCUGGGGAAUAAAAAACUUAAUUAUGUCUUCUAAAGCAGAUAGUGAUACCGAUUUAAAUAUGGCUGACUCUAAUGGUACUGAGGACGAAAUGAAGUAUGCAGCCUCAAAUGAAUCGAAAAUUAUUAUUCGUGCGAAUGAAUUUUCUAAAAAGGCAGCAUAUGACGUUGUGAUUCCAGAAAAUGACCUUAUUAGUGCCGCCGUGCUAGCUCGUCAGCUAAAAGCCGCUGGCCAUAUCUACAAAACCUUAAAUCAGGAUGUGAAUAUGGCUGGAGCUUCGGCGAAUGUAGGAAGAAUUGAAGUGAGCGUAAUGAGCAGCAGUGCAUCGUCAGCCGAAGAAAGUAGCGAAGACGAAGAUGAAAAGCUGAGCGCAGAUGUAGAAUUGUUGCCGUCGCCAGGUAGCACAUACAAUCAUCUGCAGGCAUGGUUGAGCACUAUAGAUAGCCAUACCGUGAUGCCGAUAGUGAUGCCAUCUGAAUCAGAUAUGCAAAGUGAGGAGACAGAUCACGAAAUGGGGGAAACAGAGGAAGAGCUUGAAGAAGUCGAAGAAGAAGGUGAAGAAGAAGCCGAAGAAGAAGCCGAAGAAGAAACCGAAGAAGAAACCGAAGAAGAGGCAGAGGAAGAAUCGGAUGAAGAAAAUGAAGAAAAAGAAGCGGAGAACUAUGAGAAAAAGUCGCCUUUGACCGGCGUGAUGAUGGACAGUGAUGCAGAAGUGGAGCCCGAUUCAACGACAGCCCACACUAAUCCCUUUCAUGCCGAUGAAAUGGACGAAGAACCGAAAGAAGAACAAGAAGAUGUAAACAACUCUGAAGAGCCGAACGCCGAGAACCAAAUGAAUAAUUUUAUGCAUCUUGUAGAAGCACGUGCGGCAGUGCCACGUUUUGCAGUGUCUGAUGAAGUCUUCAACGUGGACAAACCCAGUCAAGCCGUUUGCCUUGGCACUGAGUUGUCCAGACCCCAAAUUUGGAGUAACUUUAAGUUGGGCGACAUGCUCAAGAUACAUGUGACCGAGGCCUACAGCCCCUUUCAGUUCUGGUUCCAUAUUGCUGAGGGCCCCUACGAUAUUAAUUUGCUGGGUCACCUAAGUUUUCAGCUAACCAAGUUUUAUAAUCCACUUCGUCGUGCUACUUGGCAACUGCCCAAAUAUUUCUUUAAGCGCGGCUACCUUUGCGCCGCAUACAAUCAGUUCACCUGGCGUCGUGCACGCAUUAUCCGUGAACCGGAGCCGAAUGAUGAGGGCGUGAAGGUCUAUUUGGUGGACUAUGGCAGGGUUUUGGAGGCGCGUGCCAAAGAUUUGUUUUUUAUGCAUAUCCGUUUUACCGAACAUCCGCCGCUCCUGAUGCGUGGCACCCUAACCGAUGUAUAUCCGCUGGAUCUCCACUGGCCGGCAGCUGCUACAUUGAAGUUCCGAGAGCUUGUCAAUAACGAACCCUUGCAUGCAACCAUCAAGGAUAUCGAUCAUGGCGAUUGCAUUUUAUUCGUCAAUAUAUACACUGGUAGUACCACCAUUAGCGACUUAUUGAUCGAGGCCCAGCUGGCCGGACGCAGUCAGAACUAUAGCGCCGAAAUGCGUGCCGAGAAUUGCGGUCGUCGUUUGCGUUAUUUACGCGAGCGCCUUCCCACCUUUGACAUGUUGGAGACAGACGUGUUCCAGCCAUCGGAGGAAUUUGAGGAGCAGUUCGAUAAUAUUAUCUAUAUGCCGACAUUCUUUCAGCAGUUCGAGAUGCCGAAAAUGGUUAAUCCGUUUCGUCAUGACCUACAGAAGGCCUUGACCGAGUGGCUCUCCAAAUUCAAGUGCGAGGAAUUAUGCUGGCGUAAGGUAGUCGAUGACUCUAACGAGAAGAUAAAAGAGGAGAAACAGAAUCACGUGGAGCAAUCAAAUAACAAUGUAGCCAACGAUUCAGAUGAGCUGUCAGUUUAACUACAAAAUCAACCCUACAACUUAUGGAAUAAGUUUUUAAACUGACAAACUUGCAUGUUUGAUACAUUCGUGAAGCGAUUAUAUAAUGAAUAUAUAUGAUGCUAAACUUAAAUCUAAUAUUAAUAUAUGUAACUAUACUCCUGUUACUAAACUACGACUUAACAUAUUUACUUAAUCCCCAUUCUUAACCUUAACCAAUAAAAGACAACUGAAGGACUUUUUAAUUUA